GUGUUUUCAUUUAGUUUCGUGAAGUUGUGUUGUGAUUGUGGACGUGUUUGUUGUUAUUAUAUUUUAUUUUUUUUAUAAUAAAAGUAGCAAAAUGAGUGAUAGUGAUUCAGAUUUUUGGAAAUCAUAUUCAGAUGAAUUUAAAAGAAAACUAAUUAUGACAAUAAAAGAACAUCCGAAUUUGUGGGAUAAGAAUACACAAAAAUAUAAAGAAUGGAUAGCUGUCAAAAAAGAAAUGGAUUGUGUUUAUACAAUAAAAGUACUUCAGUCAAUCUGGGUGUCCCUAAUGCAUCGUUAUUUUCGCAAAAUUUUCAUAAGAACCAUCGAACGUAAUUUUGAAGCUCCUACAUGGACGCUUUUUCACGACAUGUCAUUUUUAUACGAACACACUAAAGAAAAAAUUCAAAAAAAACUUGGAGGCAUUUCACCGCCAUUAUUUAAACAAAAAUCAUCUCCUAGCGGCAUUGUUAGACCUCAAUGUCCAUGUUGCAUUUAUGUUGGAUCUAAUCUUAAUUCAGAAAAUGCAAAUUCAAGUAUAUUAGAAUGCAAACAAGUGUCUGAUGAAUUUGAAAAUAUGGAAACCGAUGAAACAGAAAACUUUGAUGAUUCUGAGAUGGUUAAUUCAGUGAAUUCUGUAAAUUCUGUAGUAGAAGAACUCGAUAAACAGUCUAAUGACAGUCGAACAAAUUCAGUAACAUCUCAGCAGAAUGAAGUGUCAGAUACCUUAGAUGAACAACCUGCGCAAAACGAAACAAAUGAAACCUAUGACGAGGUUUAUGAAUUAAUAGAUGAGGCUGAAAAUCGCAUAAAUCCAACACUUAAUCAAGUAGUUACAAACGAUAUCAAUAAGGUCACUGAGGUCACUGGGAUAACGCAUGAACCAGUGAAUACCUUACAAAACGCACUUAUUCUUCAAGACAAGGCUCCUGAAAAUAUAAUUGGCUUGAUUGAGGUCACUGGGAUACCACAAGAGCCAGUUAAUUCCUUAGAAAAGGCACCUACUCAAGACAAGCCCCCUGAUGAAGUCAUUGACUUGAUGGAUGACGAUGAUGAUGAAGUUGCAACAAAUAACCAAUCUACAAGCUUACAACCUCAACCAUCAGCUAUUCCAGCCAAUACAACAACCAACACACCCGUUUUCUAUUCAAUGCAACAACUCUUUAUAAUGCACAACUUACUCGAACCAUUGAAAAUUAAUUCAUUUCGAUCCGUUAAUUCAGCCUUGAAUGGAAGAAGUUCAGCCGAGCUGACACAAUCUCCUCAGCCUGCCAUGGAAACAUUAACUAAUGUUACCAAUGUAACUAAUGGCUUUUCUAUUGUAAGUGAAAAUUCUAACGGCUCACAAAAUUCCAAUGGCACUCAAGGCCCCAUCGAGCCUGUGUUCACGGUAAAUACACUUCGGGCCAUAGAAAGGAAACAGCUUAUUGAUGCUGUCAGGGUGAAUCCCGUCGUCUAUGUCCCUGCCAUGAUGAAAAAAAGAAUGGAGUAUAUCGCUGCAUGGAAUCAGAUAUCUAAAGCAGUGAACAAUGUUCCAGCUCAUACUUUAAAAAACCGUUGGAAAUCAUUAAGAAGUCGUUAUUUAAAAGAACUAGUGUAUGAACGUUAUUCUGACGGAACGAACAAAUCAUCAUGGGAAUGCUUCGAUCAAUUGGAAUUCUUACGUCCUCACAUGCAAGUCGAUAUUGAUGAAAUCCAUUCCACCCGCAAACAAAUACAAGAUACAAUUAGACAAAAAGCUGCUAGUAGUGUAACAUUUGGAACAAAAAAACCUACUCCAGAACCUCAAAUGUCUACAACAGAAACUGUUACGAAGCAUAUAACUCUAACAGAAAAAAUAACGAGUGAAACAUCGGACAAAAAUUUCCUUGAAGGAAGAACAAUCACACAAUUCGGUGAAAGUGAUACGUGUGCGGUAGCUUUUGUAAAUUCACAACAAACUUUGCAAAUUACUUCCGUUGAAAGCGUGAAACUUGGUAUAAAUGUUAGUAAGGAACCGGAAAAAGUCCAACAAGCCAUUGUUGUUGAUCCUGCCACCUUGCCGAUCCUUCAAAAUCGACCUAUCAAAAUAACCGCAGUACAAGCUAUACCAUCGCUUGAUCUUACCAAUGAAGAUGAUGAGAAUGAUGUUAGACAAAGUUCUAAUGAUGAAGCUUCAAAAUUGGGUAAUGAUGAUGUUCCACCGCCUGCUAAGAAAAUACGAAAAAGCUCAGGUUUUGUGGUGAAUAGAACAAACGUGCUAGUAAAUGAAAUACCUACAAGACUGACUCCAUCGCCUGCACCACCUCAAAGACUACCUUCGCCUGCAGUACCACUAGCUCCUAAAAGGGUAUCUUCACCUGCAACACAACCACCUCCUAAAAGGCUACCUUCGCCUGCAGUACCACAAGCUCCUAAAAGUCUACCUUCACCUGAAGCUCCUAUAAGUAUACUCGUACCUUCAACUCCAGCUCCCCGAUUAACUCUAGAUCUUACUGCCGAUGAAGUUCCCACAGUCCCUGCCCCAAUAGCUUUUAAACAGAAGGCUCAAAAGGUUUUCCCACCAUUGGAUUUGACACUCGAUGAUGAUGAUGAAAAUCUUCCGGCUGCUAAACCAAAACCUACACCAACGCCACCUGCCAAACCUAGUUCUACAUCAGAAUUUCAAAAGGCCUUUCUUGAUGCAUUCCUUAACGGAAGGAAAUCUGCAAAUGAAAAUAAAGAAAAGCAUAAAAAGUCAAAUGGUUGCAAAAGUAAAAACGUAAAUGGAAAGACAAAAGAUGAUGAUAAUGUGAUAUGUCUUGAUGAUGAUGAUGAAGAUGAUAAAAAUGAUGAUAAUAAUUCAGUAAGCUCAUAUGAAGAAGUUAUUGUUUACUUGGAAGAAGAGCAAAAAAAAUAAUGCAAAAUGAAACGAAUUUUAAUAAAUAAAAAAAAAUUGU